GCGCACAUAUUCAGUUGUAAUGGCAAAUAAAAAUGGCUACUUAUAACGUCGGUUAUGUUAUAAUUUAUGUUAGCUUAUUGCAACUUAUAUUAGGAGCUGAAGUUUUCCCCAGGUUUAAACCUUAUAAAAUAAAUAUUAAAAAUGUGUCUGGUUUAUUUGACUAUACGCAAUAUCAACCCUUCAACAUGAUAGAAAAAGAGUUGCAUAAAAUUACGAAAAGUCAACUAAAAAGCGUCAAAGUUAAACUUUUUAGUAUCGGAACAACUUUUGAAAAUAGAAGUUUAUGGGCGUUAAAGAUUGAAGAAAAAGAUACAAGAAAAUUAAAAAAAAAUAUUGUUAUUGAUUGUGGAGCACAUGCAAGAGAAUGGCUGGCCCCAUCGACAUGUAUGUACAUAAUUAACAAGCUAACUUUAGAACAUCCAUCGUUAAAGAAUACUAAACUAAUUAAACGUUUCAACUGGAUUAUAAUUCCUGUUUUAAAUCCGGAUGGAUAUGCGUAUACAUGGCACAACCAAUCAACUAGGUUAUGGAGAAAAAAUAGAUCCUUUACUGCAAAACAGCUUAAGUUUAGAAAAGAAAAAAACGACGAAUUGUGUAUAGGCGUAGAUAUAAAUCGAAAUUUUGAUGAAGAAUGGGGAGGUGUAGGAGCCCCUGCAAAUCCUUGCUUUGAAAUGUAUGCAGGAGACAAACCUUUUUCAGAAAAAGAAUCAAUUGCAUUGUCUAAUUUUUUGAACACCACAAUAAAUGAAACAUUGGCAUACAUUAGUUUGCAUGCGUUUGGAUUAUCAUGGAUGACACCAUGGGGAUUCAAAAAGCAGUUACCCAAGUCAUUUAACGAAAUGAAAAGAGUUGCACAAAUUGCAGUGAAUGCAAUGAAAAAAUUGUCUGGUGUAAAAUAUUCUAUCGGCACAUCUCAUGAUAAACUUUAUCCGAAUUCCGGAAGUAGUAUUGACUGGGCACAUAGCAAAUUGCAUAUACCAUACACUUAUUUGAUAGAAAUGCUUCCAGGAAACAACAAGACUUCUUCUAUAGAUAUGUCUUCUUUUAUGCCUCCUCCUAACAUGAUGGUACAAAAUGCCAAAGAUAUCUUAGAAGGAUUGCGUGCAAUGGCUAUAUCUUUAUUAACACCAAUAUGAAUGUGAAAAUUUUUUUCAUUUCAAAUGUAUUAAAAUUUAGUUAGCCAUUUUUAAAAUUUUAGCUUAAUAAAGCCAAAAAUAAUCUAAUAUAUUAUCUAAUCAGUAAAAAAUCUAUAAACCUUUCGUAUGACAUAUUAGUACUCGAAUAUUUAAUUAUGAUUUUAUUUUA